AUGCCACUAAAAAGCCGAAUCGAUGCAAAAAAAACAGAAUCUGAACGUUUGCAAGCGAUAGUAGUUGAUCUUUUACGAGAAGAGGAAAACAAGUACUGUGCCGAUUGCGAAGCGAAACAACCUCGAUGGGCGUCCUGGAAUCUAGGAGUAUUUCUUUGCAUACGAUGUGCCGGGAUCCAUCGUAAUCUGGGUGUUCAUCUAACUAAGGUAAAGUCGGUCAAUUUGGAUUCGUGGACCCCAGAACAAGUGCAAAGUAUGCGGGUGAUGGGGAAUAAAAUGGCACGUCGUGUUUAUGAAGCCGAACUUCCUGAGCAUUUUCGUAGACCACAAACAGAUUCUGCUCUUGAAUCAUUCAUUAGAGCAAAAUAUGAACAAAAAAGAUAUAUCCUGAAGGAUUGGUCGCCGCCUCCACUUGAUGUGAACGACUUGCCACCAUUUCUGGAUAAGAAACAAAUUUCUGAUCGCAGUAUACGUUUAAAUGUUAGAGAAAGAGAUCGCUGCUCGAAUUCAACAGAGAAGACAAGAAAUGUAGCUGGAAAUUCCAACGUGGGAAAUGCUAUUACUGACAUAAAGAGCGGCACAAUUACAGAUGUACCGCUGUUAGACCUAAGUACUCCCAUAGUAGAACCUUUUGCUGUGAUAGAUAAAAAUACGAUGGAUUUGAAUAAUAGCAUCAUGGGAAUCAGCGACAAUAAUGAAAUGGAAGAUUUUGGUCCAAUUGUUUCUGCUCCACCUGCGAAACUGCGGUCUGAUAUUUUUGCCACUGAUGCCGUAGCAUCUUCUUCAAAUGGUAAAAAUGAUCUCAUGACUGGUAGCUCGGAAAAUAAUUUGGAAGAGUUAGCAUCGGUGUUAGGAUUAAAUCCCGCAAUGAAUGAGAAAAAGAGCACUUCCGAUAUCCUUGCUUUGUAUGAAACUGCGUCUAAAUUUUAUCCUCGGUCAACAAAGCACCAGCGUCGAUUGCAACAAUUUUCUGAGGCUUCAUCCGGUGAUGGCAACAUAUCUGGUAAACCAAAGGACAUUUAUUUAUCUGAUGCGUCGAAUAGCGGGUCAUUUUUCGGCCCAUCUGUUGUUCCUCUUGCUCAACAGUCUUGUGGAUCUCAAAACGGCUAUACACAGUUGGCUAUAUUUGGACCAGAAACAAACACCUUGCCAGCGGGAAAUUUUUUCCUAAAUCGUGAGACAGCGGCGAUUUUUGCUGCUGCUUCACCCUUUGCUAAUGUUCCAGUGAUAACAGAAAGUGGAGUUCUACCGAAUUCUCAAAAAGUUAGUUCGGGACACGUGGAUAUGCCAUCCGGGAAAACUUCUGAUGGAUUCAUAGCACUAAGCAAUAUUCAACCAAGAUCGGAUAACAAUGGAAGUGACAUUAUUUCUUGUGGUGCCACAGAGAAUUGUCAAGAUGUACUGCUUAAAACUUAUUCCGAUUUACAGAAAACAAAGACCCCAGCUCUGAAUCAUCUGAUGGCAGAUUUUGGUCAGUUCAAUAUUGGUGGUGAAUCUAGGGAGCAGAAUAGCUUGCAGAAAAAUAUUUCAUGGAAUUAG